AUGACAACGCCGGAAUUUGAGUUUCCAAAGAUCCAUGCGUUCCCACCACUUUAUACAAAACAACCGAACUCUACCAUUCUAUCACAGCAACUUGAAUCAUGGUGUAACAUUAUUCUACAAUAUUGUGAAUAUUACAAAAUAACAACAUUAACAAUCGAAGGACUACCGAAACAUUCUCAAUUAUUAGUGGACGUUACAUCACUUCCUCGAUUAUUCGAAAACAAGACCAUUAGCAGACAAGUCAAUCAUGAUUUCAAAUCUCUAAUUCUUUCUACAUUAAUUCAUAAAAACAAAAAAGCUGAAUAUAUAAAUCCAAAGAAACCGGAAUUAGGUAUUUUCAUAUAUUGGAGAUCUCUUGUUGAUUGGGGUGAUUUGUUAUAUAGUCAUAUAGAUGAUACUGGUCAAUUAGGAACAAUUUUGACAAUUUAUGAGUUGACAAAGAGUGAAGAUGGUGGGUUACCUGAGAGUUUAAAGAAUUUAGAUCAGGAAUUUUUGAUUAAGAUUGUUAAAGGACAUUUAAUGAAAUUGGGUAAAGCCCAAAUAUUAAUGGAUGAGAAUAAUGAGAUUGGAGGGGUGAAGAUUGUAUAG